GCAAGUCUGAAAUUUUGUUGCCAGGCGCCUCCCCGAAUUGUAAAGAUUUAUUUUCAAUAAAUUAUCAAUAGAAGGCGAUGUCACCGAGCCUUCAGCAAGUUCUUGGACCUCUCUCAUCAUCCUGAUCAGAAAGACAGGGUUGUCACUUAAAGAGGAGGAUGAAAUUCCCCGACUUUUCCAGGUGUGUUUUGAGAAAAUUCCAAUCUACCCACAUAGUGCUCGUUGGCUGCCCGGAGAGAAUGAAAGGCUGGUGGAGAAUAAACCAUUUCAUUGCUACAAUCCAAGCUGGGGUUAUAAUUGUAUGGCCAGAUGGUUUUAUGUAUGAUCAGUUCCGGAAGCAAUUCACUUUAUACACUUGCUAUACGAGCAUUCUCCAGUUUCUACAAUUUAACUACCAGCAAGGUUGUUUGUAUAGAUUACGAGCUCUUGGCGAGAGACAUAAAAUGGAUAUUACUAUAGAAGGUUUUCAUUCCUGGAUGUGGAAAGGACUAAGUUUUUUAUUGCCAUUCCUUUAUAUAGGUUAUAUUUUCCAGUUAUAUAAUGCAUAUACACUAUAUAAUUUGAGUAAGGAUGAAAAAUGUGUUGAAUGGCAGGUAUUUGUUUCUGCUGUCAUAUUUUUCAUCUUGUUUUUGGGAAAUACAUUCACAACAUCAAGAGUCAUUCAUCAAAAGUUAACAGAGAAAAUUGUCAAAACUUUGAUUCCAACAGAAGAAAAAGAACUUGUAAAUAGAAAGUUAAAAUAAUUAUAUAUAUAGUGUGUAAUAUGUAAAUAACAUUUUGAAUGCCUGUUUAUAGAUCUGAUAUUUAAAAGAAAAACUUAUUUGACUUGUGAAAUUUUCUGUAUUGUAAAAGUAUCAUUUGCAUUGUUAAUUUUUUCAGAGCAUUUAUUUUGACUAAAAUUAUUUAAAGAAAAGUUUUUAACUAUUUUUUCUAACUAUUAUUUUCAUGUGGGAUUUUAGAUCCUAAAGUAAAAUUUUAUAAUCAGAAAAUUUUUAUAAGAUGAUUUAACUUGGAAAUAUAUUCAAUUUAACAAAUAAGAGUUUGAACUACUUGUUGUUAUAAAUACUGAAUUGUAUAAGUUUUUAAAUACUAAAAUCAAACCUUUAUAUCAGAGUAUCUUUCGAAAAACCUUUUUGUACUUUUUUUUAAAAUACGAUUUUUCCCAUCAUUUACUAAAUGCAUUUCUGUGCAUCUAGAAAAUAUAAAAGGAAAAAUUCUCACACACUACACAUACUUUUAAAUUUGUCUGAACAGAUAUUUCUAAAAACUUUAAUAAACAAAGUUUGAUUACUUCAUUGCUAUACUAUCUGGAAUGUUUGCAACAUUGUCACAUAAAAUGUGAACUUAGUGCCAUAACUUUAUAUUUUAAAAAUCCAGAGCAAAAUGAUUUACUUUCCAUUUGUGUGAAUAAAUAAUUUUUUCAACAAAAAUUGAACAAUUAUAUGACAUCCCAUAUCACACUUAAAAAUGCAAAAACAAUUCAUUUCUUCUUUUCAUAUAACAGGAAAUGUUCUAAUUGUGUUCUUUUAAUUUAUAAAAUGUUAUAAAUUACAAAACUAUUUAUGAUGCAUUUUAACCAAAGAUAUUUUCGUGUAUUGUGAUUUUGAUAAUUUCAUAAUAAUUAUACUCAUUUUCUUAAGUGAAAUUUUACCAAUUUAUCAAUUGCAAUUUUUUUAGUCAAUUUCUAGCAGAAUACUAUUUCUUCCUUUAAAUGUUCUUUAAAAUAUGUAUGGCAAUCCUUCAUAAUUCUUGAAUAAAUACAUUUAAUGAUAAAGGUUA